AGGGCUGCGACGAUCGCUGGACGGGACUCCGCCGAAGCCGAAACGUUGGCUCGCAUGUUCCCCUGACAGGAUGAGGUGGUCGGUGCUUUAGGGAUACGCUAAGAUCGGACCCUUCAGGGGGAGGAGGAGCUCGGACCAGUGUUGUUGAAGCCAGGAGAGAGCAGACAUGGAGCUGGAGAACAUCGUGGCGAACACGGUGCUGCUGAAAGCUCGGGAAGGUGGAGGAGGCAACAGGAAGGGAAAGAGCAAGAAGUGGAAGCAGAUGCUGCAGUUUCCUCACAUCAGUGCGUGUGAAGACUUGCGACGGGACACAGAGAGAGACUACAGCAGCCUGUGUGAGCGACAGCCAAUCGGACGUCUGCUCUUCAGACAGUUCUGUGAGACUCGACCAGAACUCAGACGUUGCGUGAAAUUCCUGGAUGCUGUGGCGGAAUAUGAGGUGACGCCGGACGAGAAGAGGAAAGACUGCGGUCAAGAACUGAUCAACAAAUUCUUCAAUCCAACGUCAGAAGAUCACGUGCCUGAAGUGGAGGAGAAUAUGACCCAGCAGUGCUCGGAGCGGCUGCAGGAGGAGGCCUGCAAGGAGCUCUUCAACCACUGUACCAAAUUGAUCCACGACUACCUGAGUUUGGCGCCGUUCACUGACUACCUCGACAGCCAGUUCUUCAACAGAUUCCUGCAGUGGAAGUGGCUGGAAAGGCAACCAGUGACCAAGAGCACCUUCAGACAGUACAGAGUGUUAGGGAAAGGAGGCUUCGGUGAGGUGUGUGCAUGUCAGGUGAGAGCCACGGGGAAGAUGUACGCCUGCAAGAAGCUGGAGAAGAAGAGGAUCAAGAAGAGGAGAGGAGAAGCCAUGGCCCUGAAUGAGAAGCAGAUCCUGGAGAAGGUCAACAGCAGAUUUGUGGUGAGUCUGGCCUAUGCCUAUGAGACUAAGGACGCCCUCUGUCUGGUGCUGACGCUCAUGAAUGGAGGCGACCUCAAGUUCCACAUCUACCACAUGGGUGAGGCGGGCUUCGACGAGCGGCGGGCGGUUUUCUAUGCCGCAGAGAUCUGCUGCGGCCUGGAGGACCUGCACCGCGAGCGCAUCGUCUACAGGGACCUGAAACCUGAGAACAUCCUGCUGGAUGACCACGGUCACAUCCGGAUCUCAGACCUGGGACUGGCCCUCUACGUACAGGAGGGUCAGAGCAUCAAGGGCCGGGUGGGAACCGUCGGGUACAUGGCUCCAGAGGUGGUGAAGAAUGAGCGGUACACCUUCAGCCCGGACUGGUGGGCGCUGGGCUGCCUGAUGUACGAGAUGAUCGAGGGCCAGUCGCCGUUCCAGCAGAGGAAGAAGAAGAUCAAGAGGGAGGAGGUUGAGCGGCUGGUGAAGGAGGUGGAGGAAGAGUAUUCCAGCAAGUUCUCAGAUGAAGCCAAGUCCUUCUGCAAGAUGCUCCUUGCCAAAGAUCCAGCCCAGCGACUUGGUUGCCUUGGAAACGGAGCGUCAGAGGUCAAAGAGCACCUCAUCUUCCACUCCAUCAACUUCAAACGUCUGGAGGCCGGAAUGUUGCAGCCACCAUUCGUGCCUGAUCCCCAGGCCAUCUACUGCAAAGAUGUACUGGACAUCGAGCAGUUCUCGACGGUGAAAGGGGUCGAACUGGAGCCCAAGGACGAGUCGUUCUACAGCGACGUGUCGACGGGCUGCGUCUCCAUCCCCUGGCAGAACGAGAUGAUUGAGACGGAAUGCUUCGCUGAGUUGAAUGUUCUGCAGCCGGACGGCUCGGUUCCUCCUGACCUGGACUGGAGAGGUCAGCCGCCACCUCCGCCGCCCAAGUUAGGACUGCUGCAGCGGCUAUUCGGCAGACAGGAAUGCUGCGGGAACUGCAGUGACAGCGACGACGAGCCGACACGACUUUGACGACACUUGUGCACAUUUAUACUUUGAAAAAGUGAGAGAGAACUCUAGGACACUGAACUCUCAAACUGUCGCUGGCUGUAAAAGUGCCUUGCUCAAUGGAACUGUGAUAACUACCGAUGGUACUGCUGAGUCCAGGAAAUUUGACCCCACAACCUCCAGAUGCUUUCAUUGUGAAAUUUCUGGAGCAGAAGUUAAAUAUUUUAUGUCAAUUUCUUUUGUUUGGGACUCAAACUUGUUUUAUUGUAAAACACUGAAAUGUAUUUAUAGAGGUUGAAAACGAACAGCUAAAUAUAAAAUAAGUCGCCCCUGAAAAUAUUUAAAUUAAAAGAACAAGGCCUGAAAGUUGAAAAGAAAGACUUGAUGGACUGGAUCAAGUCGGAGGACGUCACACACAUCUGUGGACUGGGUCACAACUCUGGUGAACCCGUUCUGGCCUUGAAGAGAAACUGCCGUUGCCAUGGAGGAGAGGAACUAGCAUCUGAUGAAUAAAGUUACCUCUGAGCACUGAGGAGUCCAGCCUUUCUUCAUCCCUCAGGUUCCUCUUCACAGCUUCUCCUGCGCUGAUGGACGGAGUCAUGAUGUGAAGGCUGAUGUGGUUCGAGUUGCCUGGCUGUGGGGGGUAAAAUAUCAUCGAGAUAUGAGUUUCAGUUUCUGUGUUCCAACUUGUUUUGUUGCUGGUUUUUGAUAAUAAAGUCAGGUAU